UCCGGUAGCUAAAUACCUGAAACAAAUGUAAGAAAAUAAAGAGACAUUAACGGAUGUUUUUUUUUUCUUUUUUCAUAGUCAACACUAUCAAAGGCAAAUGGAAAAGCCUGAAAGACGCCUUUAUCCGCCAUAGGCGCAAAGAAAGGGAGCAGAGGAGCGGAUCGUCCCCAAGCGCACGCUCCAGUUACGUGCAUGCCCAACAGAUGUCAUUUUUGAUACCGUGCACGGAAAUGCGGAGCACCGAUAGUAGCUGGGAACCCAGCCAGGCGCUAGAUGACGAUGAAGAGGACGAGGGCACAACCAUGGACAGUGAGCCCGGACCAUCUAUGGGGCCAAUGAGUCCUCCAGGCCCCCCACCCACUCCGAGUUUCGUGAGCCCCAUGCAGACUGUCCCAGCCGUCCCAGAGGCAAGUCGGCAGCCCCGACAUAAAAGGAGGAGAACAGAGAGGCAUGAGGACAGGCUAAUAGGCUGCCUGGAUGCCCUGGCACAUCCUGUGCCAAAACUUACAAGUGAUGCCUAUUUUCUCAUCAGUCUAGAGGAGAAAAUGCUACAUGUGCCCAGAAAUCUGGUCACACAAGUAAGGGAUGAGGUGUCUAAGACCAUUGAUAAAUAUUGCAUCCCUUAUGAGAUCCCAACGUCUAUCAGUGCCCCACAGCAGGCCCCACAGCAGGCCCCACAGCAGCCAGCACAAUAUGGAUAA